UGUGAUUGGUCCGUCGCGGUGGGUGUUUCCGCAUUCCGCGCAGAGCUGUCAGCAGAAGCAGCGAGUUUGAAGACGCGGGGGGAAGCGGACUGUCGCGUCUGUGGAGAAAAGCUCCACAGUCAGUGUCUCCCGGGGGAUCCACGCUGCAGAGAGGGGACGCGAUGCCGCACAUGCUGAUCAGCACGCAGAUCCGACUGGAGAAUGGCCCGACAAAUGUGGGAGAUGAGUACUCCGAUCCAGCUGUCAUGAAUUACCUGGGAGCCAGGAAAACAACCAUGCUGGGAAACAAUUUCUCCGAGUACCAUGUUGACGACCCACCACGUCUCGUGUUGGACAAGCUGGAGAAGAUUGGCUUCCGCGUGCUGACGAUGACAGGGGUGGGACAGACACUGGUGUGGUGCCUGCACAAGGAGACGGAGUGAUCGAUCAUGGAGCCAGUGUUGACUGUAUCAAAAUACACCUGAUCAUUUGAAUAGAUGGAUGAAUUGUGCGGUACAGCUUUUUCUUGUGCUAACUUUGGUUCUCUGCUCCUUGUGUGUCACACUGACAGAAACAUUAGCCAAGUCAGACAAAUGAUCUUAAAUCUGAGAUUAUCCCAGACGAAAGGUUUCAGAUUACGAUGGAUAGUUGACACGUCAGGGGAACACCAAACUACAUUCCACAGAUUUUAUGAGACUGCUUGUCCAUGUUGUUUGCUGUUUACUCCUGAUGACUGAGUUUAAGUUUAUGGAGUGAGGGCGCAGUAUUAGAACUUAAUUAAAGAAAUUACAGUAGAGUCAUUAAAAGGCCUCAUCCAGUUCUUUCUUUCCUAUAAGUGCAUAAAAGACUAAUAGAAAAGUUUGUGCUGACAGAAGGGUGUUUUGUAAGUUGUGAUGAUGUAAUGAUAAUGAUUGCUUGUGUAAUUAUUAAUGAAA